UGUGUGCAGAGAGGAGCGAUGCAGCGGCAGCAGCAGCAGCAGCCUGAGCUGGAUCCUCUCAGGGAGCACCUGUGAGAGUGUCCGCCCCCCCCCACCCCUCGCCUCUUCUCUCCAUGGAUGUAAUCUCCGACCUGACGACAGGUAUUAGUCGGGUCCCAGACGCAGUAAUCCGUCCAGACCAGCACGAGCUUUGCGCAGGAGAGUCAGAGCAGCCGAGCUCCUGCAGCAGCAGCGCACAGAGUCCAGAAACCCCCCCGCAAGCAGACAUGGGCCGUCAGGAGGGCGACUACGUGUGGAAGAAGAACACCGAAAACAUCCAGGAGGUUUUUGACAUCAUGGAGGAGUUGGGCUCAGGAGCCUUCUCCGAGGUCUACAUGGUGAAGGAGAAGAAGACGGGGAAGAUGUUCGCCAUGAAGUGUGUGAAGAAGAAACAGAAGAAGGACCUGAAUCUGGAGAACGAGAUCGCCGUGUUGAGAAGAAUCAAACAUGACAAUGUCGUGGGGAUGGAGGAUUUCUACGAGAGUCGGACUCACUUCUACCUCAUCAUGGAGCUCGUUUCAGGCGGUGAGCUCUUUGACCGUAUACUGGACCGGGGGGUGUACUCGGAGAAGGACGCCAGCGGGGUCAUCCAGCAGGUGCUGCAGGCCGUCAGCUACCUGCACCAAAACGCCGUCGUGCACCGGGACCUCAAGCCGGAGAACAUCCUCUUCUACAGCCCGGAGGAAAACUCCAAGGUCAUGAUCAGUGACUUCGGCCUCUCGAAGAUGGUGGACAACGACAUCAUGUCGACCGCCUGUGGAACUCCGGGAUACGUAGCUCCAGAGGUUUUGGCUCAGAAGCCGUACAGCAAAGCUGUGGACUGCUGGUCCAUCGGAGUCAUCACCUACAUCCUACUCUGUGGAUAUCCUCCUUUCUACGAAGAGAGCGAGACGCGACUCUUCUCCAAGAUCAUGAAGGCGCAGUACGAGUUCGACGCGCCCUUCUGGGACGACAUCUCGGAAUCUGCUAAAGACUUCAUCCGUAACAUGAUGCAGAAGAAUCCCAGCAUGCGCUACAGCACCGACCAGGCACUCAGACAUCCCUGGAUCAUCGGAAAGACGGCGCGCAGCCAGGACAUCUACUAUUCAGUCAGCGUUCAGAUCCAAAAGAACUUCGCCAAGUCCAAGUGGAAGCAAGCCUUCAACGCUGCCGUGGCCAUCAACCACAUGAAGAAGCUGCAGCAGGCCCACUCCGAGCAGCUCACGAGACAGACCAGCAUCCCCGACAUCAAGGUCGUCGACCUGUCCUCCCCGACCACGACCCGCAAGCGUCUCGAUCCGGACAAGCCUGACCCGGAGGUCGGCGGGGGGGCACGGAGGACGAGUCACAUCCCCGUGCCCACGAGCCCCGUCGAACCCAAGAGCCAUUACCAAACGCUGAAGGCCACUCAGAGCCAGGGCGCCGCACACCACGCUCCGUCAAUAUCCGAGCAGGGAAAACACGUGUACCACUCGGAGCCCGCCAACCUCAACGGGUAUUGUCAGAACCGAAUUGGAAAGACGGUGCAGACCGGAGUUUGCUCUGUGAUGUGAAGGCUGCGUGAAGUUCACACGGGAAAAAAGCAUUUUACUCGGUCAGUGUUGCCGUGCUCACCCAGCAUGCAGCUGUUUUGCGGUGGCAGCUCCCCCGGUACUGCGAGCGAGAAGUUCCUCCGACGGGCCCGAGCUGGUCUGCGAGGUCCACACGGGCUGAGGGAACUUUUUUCAUUUUUGGAAUGAGUGCCAAUGAAGCUUCCCGACACACAACCACACACACACACACGUACACACACACACACGCGUGCACACACACACACACUUUGAUUGACAGGGUAGACUUCAGUUCAGCAGUAUUCAGAGGACUGACCCUCGUAGACGGGGACGUGACAUCCGUCCCGCUCACCGUGAAGCAGUCGCUGACCUCAGACGUCGCACAGACUGAUUUCUAAAACCCUGACUCCAGAUCAGGUUGAUUUUAAAUCUCCAAGCAGCACUUUGUCGUCCAGGUUUUGUAGAAUCGUGAAAAAACGUGUCGUCAAAAAAAAUGAAGAUUCACGACGGAUCUUUUCCCGCUGCGCUUCAUCGUGUGCAAAGCUCGACGCUGUAGCCGACCUGCUUUUGUAAGUAGAAUAUUUAAACCGAAACAAACAUGAUGCAUGAUUACUUCUUCAGAUAAUAAUUGACUGUUGUGAAGUCGUGCUGUGUUUUAUUUUUUCUAAAGUUUCUUUCUUUUGUUUAAAAUAAAGAAUAUAAAGAGAUUAUCAAUGUUCAAAACUGACGAAUCGUUAACGAGUCCAGUUUAACUGCCGUCCACCUGCUGGAACUCACAGACCUGCUAGAACACACAGAACCUGCUAGAACACACAGAACCUGCUAGAACUCACAGAACCUGCUAGAACACACAGAACCUGCUGGAACUCACAGAACCUGCUAGAACACACAGAACCUGCUAGAACACACAGAACCUGCUAGAACACACAGAACCUGCUAGAACACACAGAACCUGCUAGAACACACAGAACCUGCUAGAACACACAGAACCUGCUAGAACACACAGAACCUGCUAGAACACACAGAACCUGCUGGAACACACAGAACCUGCUGAUGCACGUUCUCUGUACUAGACGCUCACUUCCUGUACGUGCUUCAUUCAGACUCUGCAGCUGUGUAGCUUUGUAUCGAUCCAUCUAGUGACAUGUGGAUUCCUUGUGCGCUCAUCAAUAAAGUUUAUGCAGAACUUUCGCUUCCAUUUUAUUAUUUCCACUUUAUUUCUGCAUUUUAUUGUCUUGACUCUUGCACCUCUCAAGGAGAAAUAAGACCAUGUCACCUGAUAAAUAUAAAUAACUGAUUAUUGUUCGUGAUAAUUUGGUUGUCGAUGAUAAACGUUGGAGCAGGAUUGUGUUCGAAGUUCGUUGUUGCCACAGAGCAGCGAUGUUAGAAAAGAAUAAAUGUGAAUCUGAUAAUAUGUUCAAUACAAGACUACUUAUUAAUUGGGGAUUCUCUGAAGAGUGAAAUCUCAGCUGAUAAUGAAGAAUAAAGAUAUUUAAAUAGUU